AGUACGGUGUUCCUGGGUUGUGGUGACGUCACUUACAAGGAGCAAAAUAGAGGAAGCAAUGUUCAAGGCGCUAUUUUGACGCAUGUCCUUGAGCACUAUUGCCCUACUCUCAUGAUCAACAUCACAUUUGAAUUAGUUUAUCGUCUUCAAAGUAUAUUAGGUGAACAGCAACAACGCCAUCAUGGGCUUUCUAAUGUCCAAAUCCAUGGAUGCAAACUUUAAAAAGCAGCAAGAAUUCAUGCUCCAUAAUGCACGAUUGCAGAUGGAGCGUCAGAUCCUGAUGCAGAACCAGAUGAGAGAGAGACAGAUGGCCAUGCAGAUCGCCUGGUCUAGAGAGUUCCUCAACUACUUUGGCUCUUUCUUUAUGGUGGCCACCUUGGGACUCACUGCAGGAGCAAUAAAAAGGAAGAGACCUGCCUUGUUGGCUCCCAUCAUUCCUCUCAGCUUCAUAUUUGCCUACCAGAUGGACAAUGCCUAUGGGACGCUUAUGUAUCGAAUGAGAGGGGAAGCUGAGAGUAUCAUGACGUCUGAACACGACCGCCUGGACCUGCCCCACGGGACGCCUUCUUUCGAUAGCAUAGAGAAGGCUCGACGCGCUCGAAGCAGCCUGGUCUCCUUCUUGGAGAAGUGAAGUGUUGGUAUUUUUGUCAUAAUCAUAAAGUCGAUGUGUUCAGGCGCCAUGCUUUCACUUAAUUAUGGAAAAUGUAAAAUAACAACUGCCUUUAGACCUGUGUGAGUCCAUGGUUUGCACUAAUUCUUUGUCAUGGAAUUUCAGUCAAUUAAGAUGAAAUGUCAAUCAAUUGAAUAACUAUUUAAAAAUAAUGUGUUUUUUAUUUGAGGUGCAUCAUUAGCCAAACAGUUUCAGCAAUGAACCCAUUUUUUGAGUAAUUUACAGAGAUUGAUGCAGAAUAACAGUCAAAAUACUUAAGUUAGUUAAUACCACACUGUCAGUACUCUAAUGUAUCAUGGAAUCAAUCUGAAACAAAUAUUUACACCUAUUGCAUUCAACCAUUAAAGCAUUAAUCACUCAGUCUCUUACUAUUCAUACAGUUUGUUCUAUAAAUAGUUUCAUCAAGAUAAAAAAAAAAGUGUAUGUUACCAUUACAACAAUACAUGCUAUAACAAGAGUCAGAUAUCAGAGUGCAACUUUUAGUGCCGUAUGCCGAUUAAACUUAACAUCAAUUCUUGUUUGUUCAACUCCAACAGUUUUAAUUGUGUAGCUUUAUCACCUGUACAGUUUCAAUCUAAACUUAAAAGGCUUAAGUUUGCAUGCCAUCCAUCACCGAGUCCAAACAGCAUGCCAUAAAUGCAUCAGCGAUGAAAUCAGCUAGAUUACUUUGUUUUCUAUUGGAGUGUCUUAACUGCACAAAGCGUAACCCUGUGAUGUGACACAGCACAACACGACCUGUCACUUCGGUUUGAUCCAGACACUCUCUUCACUUCAGCUGUGGAAUUACCUUAAUGAUGCGUUUACGUUUCAUGACAGAAACUAAACAAAGUGGCCACAGGCUUGAGGGACAUUUUACAAGUUGCUGAGAGCAUUCAGUGAGAAAAUGUUUUAUGAUUUUCUUUUGCUUGACCACUCAAAAGAGCUUGUUAGUGUGUUUAACAGAAUGGAGAUAGCAGUGCUUUAAUGGUAAUGUCUGGGAUUGAAGUAAAGAGGAGCCGUCCAGUUUUCUACUAAUAAAGCUCAAGAAAAGGAUGAUACUUAAUAUUCUUCCAUCUCUGACCCCUCCAGCUGAUCUCCGGUGCACAGCUGAUAUCAGUGUAGCUCGUUUACAGUUUAUGAUGCAACAGAAGUGUUUCUUGAACGCAUGUAGAGUGGAUAGUGAGCAUCUAUUGCUACGUGAUGUGAUCCGAUUCAAUGCAAUGUGCUGCAACCUGAUGUUUGCAUGCUGUUAGGACACAGUGUAAUUUGAUUAUUUUCUACAAAUUUCAUUUGGAUCUUUGAUACUGCAAAAUUAUACAAGUUAUGUUAGCUAAUCCCUCUCUGAGUUAAAGCUGCAUGACGGGAAUGUUGGCCACUAGAGGGCAGAGUUAUUCCUGAAUACAUUCAAAAUAAUGUAACCCCAAUGACGUCUGGGCUUAUGAAGCCGUGUGAUUAAUAUCUCCACAGAGAAUUUGCACAGAAGAUACUAAACAAAGCAAGAAAAACCUUAUUGUAAACAUAUUAAUGCAACAUUUAUGUUUGAAGCUGUAGUUUGGUUUCCAGAUUAAUACAAUUUAUUGUCAAAGCUUGUUGUACUUGAAAAGACAAAGCCUCGGCAGAGCCAUUAAAGCUGAUAACAACAUAUGACUUAAUGGAAAUAUUUCAAGAAUUUAUUUGUUAUGAGAAGCGCACAAAACUGUAUCCCCAAAAUCUUGUGGGUUUUUUUUUUGGUUGGAAAAGACUAUUUGAAAAGUUAAUUUUAAGUGCUGAGAGCCUUUAUGCCAAAGCUUUAUGCAUUUUUAUUGCCAGAGUUGUAUGGGGUUGGAUGUAAAAUAUUCCAGGGUGCUGAUAUUUAUAAAUAGCAUAUUUACCAUCAUUUAAAUUAUGUUUACCAUCAUGGGUACCAAUAAAGAGAUAUACUGUAAAGGC